AUACAAAAUGUCAACUUCCGUUGUCGUGGUUUAUUUGUCAUUUUAUGUUCAAUAUCUAGUGUAACGUUACUGACAAUGAAAACAAACUAUGUCCAGAGAUCCACGAAGCGAAUUAAAAAACUAUAUAUUGCAAAGAAUCAAAGAUGACCCACUUGCAGCUGAUUUACAAUGGAGUUUGUUUAUCUCGGCUUUACAAAGCUAUCGUUUCGACACUGUUCUCCGACCAUUCCCUCCCAUGUUUUUAAAAAAUGGAUCUGAAAAAGACAUGAAAUCAUUGGAACAUGCUGUUGAAGAUGUCCCUCCGCUUACUUAGAAUAUCCAGUUCUCUUCCAUCACUACCAGAAAAAACGCUUAGUCUUCUCAAAUGGGUGCUUGAUUCCAAAGGAUUUUCUUUGAAAACAUUAGACAGGAGUGAGUUCAGUGCAAUACAGAAGAAAACCGAACAUGUAACUGAGGUGCCUGCUCCGCAUUUCAUCUUUGAGGUUAUUCCUAGUGAGGCAAAUGACAACAAGUUUCAACAGUUACGGCAAGACAGGGAUGUAUUCUGUGCCUACCAUGGGAGUCGUGUGGAGAACUUUCAUUCAAUUUUACACAAUGGAUUGGCAGCGCAUAUGAACAAAAUUUCAAUGUUUGGAGAAGGCACGUACUUGUCUGGGGAGUUGGCCGUUUCGAUGACAUACAGUCCCACAGGUCUUGCUUGGAAUAACAGUGAACUUGGUUCUAAGCUGGGUUGCAUUGCUGUGUGUGAAAUGAUCGAUGACCCCAGUGUCAGAUGUCAAGCUGUACAAGGAUCGGAAAAUGGAACGUCAAAGUCUCGAGCAAGAGUCCAAGACAGCAUGGCAGGAGAUGUCCCUGAUAAAUAUUACGUCGUUCGAAACAACGAAAUGAUACGCGUCAAAUACCUCUUAUUAUAUGCCGAGAAAACUCAAAGUCAUGCAACGGUACUAGGUAAAGUGUCAUGGUUUCAUCGGAACAAGUUCGCUGUGAUGAUGGCUGUGUAUGUACUGUUACUGUUGGCAAUUGGACUGGCAAACUCGAAAUCCUUCCAGUUUCAAAUGAGAAAAAUGUUCAAGUGAUCCAAGCCAAAAGAACAGUGCUUUAUUUAAUUGUUUUACGGAUGAUAUAAUGUUAUUACAAUUUUUUUUUUUUUUUUAAUCUUUUAUUUUUGUUAUAAUUUUUUUUAUUAUCUUUUAUUCUGUGUUUUAUGAACAAAGGCCAGUAAUUUACAUUCAUAUUGUUUCAGAUGUUGAGAGAUUUUAGUGAUACAGGCCAAAAGAACAAUGCUCUACAGGGCGUCUCAAAAGUGUAUGAACAAUUUUUCCAUUUGCUGGUUGCUCGCACAUCUAUUUAAGAUGGGUUACUUAGAUUUUCACUUUUUAUCAAUUAACUAAUUAAAUCUACUCAUAUUGUUUAAAUUGAUAAAGAUAUAUUUACUUAUUCAAGCCAAAUGAACAAGGCUUUGAAACAUGUACACAUUGUUACAGAAGUUAAGACAUUUGUUUUAGAGGUAAAAAGAUUUAGAGAUACAGAAUUAAAAACAAUACUUUUUAAUUUUUUUAGAAAGUUGACCCUUUUACUACCAACACAUUUUUUUGUUUCAUGUAACCAUAAUUUUGAUACACAUUUUAUGUGUUAAAUUGUUUUCACAAUAUGCAAGCCAGUUAUGCUCAAAAUACUUAAACUAUUAUAUAUGCUGUUUUUGAUAUUCUUAGGAAUCGUAUUAUUUACGGAGCAAGUUUGGGGGUUUGUCUGCAUUUAAUUUGUUUGAAAGGUUAAGGGCUGUUUUUGGUUAUUUUAUUUUUACAUUACGUACAAUCCCUUCGUAAUAGAUCACUUACUGUGAUUUAAUCUCUCCUCGUGUUAUUUGAACUAUGACCUUCAUUCUACAGAUCCAGUGCGCAGCUAACCGAGUUGACGAGGAAGUUUAGUUUUAAAUCCUUUGGGAGAGUAAAACAAAUUUCAUUCACAAGAUCGAUCAUUCAAAUGAUGUCGGUGGAGAUUAGAUUUCAUUUCGUUAUGUUAGACUUACAUAGACUUAUGCUUGUUUAAAUUGGAAAGCAGUAUCCCAAUGUUUACAUAAUUAUAUACACUGCACUAUAUGAACAAUGUACUUUUUAAGUACUGGUGCUUACAGGUCGAUAGUUAUAUACUAGUAUAUCUUUUUAUCAGUUAUUGUACAUACGUUUAGUUUGCUAUAUACGUAGAAUGAUAAUAUAUAAUUUGGAAUUGUCAUUGUUAUUUGAAGUUUAUACAUACCGCAAGUAAAUAUUGUAUAUAAAAGUUAUAUUCACUA